AUGAAGAAGUAUAAGAUAAAGGCACUUGGCUUGAGUGACACAAGAAGGAAGGGAGUGGGACAGAAGGACUUGGAUGGAGGGUAUGUUAUGCGAUACUCGGGAAUACCAGAGGGAAGAAGAGCUAGUGGUGGAGUGGCUAUAGUCAUGGAUGGAGACACCAACACAAGAGUUAAAAGCUGGGAGGCUGUAAGUCCUAGAAUUAUCAGAGUGGAUCUUGACCUAGAAGAGAAAAUAAGCAUCAUUCAAGUGUAUGGCCCAAUGGAAGAUGCUAGUGUGGCUGAAAAGGAUGAGUUUUGGCUACAAGUAGAUAGAGUGACCAUAGAGGCUGAAGAAACAAGAAAACUUGUGGUGAUGGGAGAUUUCAAUGGGAGAGUUGGAUCUGAUCAACAGGACGGGCACGGAAGUAUGGGAAAAUAUGGAUGUGAAACAAUAAGAAAUAACAAUGGACAAAGACUAAUUGAAUACUCAGCACAGCACAAUCUUCUCAUUGGAAACACUUGGUUCUUACACAAAAGAAUUCAUAAGAUCACAUUUGUGGGAGAAGGUAGGGAAGCUGAGAGUAUGAUUGACUAUAUUCUGUACCAGGGUGACCUCAGGUAUGCUUUCAAAGAUGUCAAAGUCAUUAGAGGAGCUGAACUAGACACUGACCAUAGGUUACUAGUGGCAGAUACUGGAUUUGCAGAGAGGAAGGUCGAGCAACAGCAAACAUACACAAGAAUAAAGCAUGAAGAACUAAGGUGUAUUGAGAACAGAGAAAGAUACAAAACAGAGUUGUCAGACAAGAUUGCAAAUAUGCAGAACAACUGUAAUAAUGUAGAUAGUUUCUGGAAUGAGCUGAAAGAUGCUAAUUACAGGUGCUGCAAAGGGAGUGUGUGGCGAAAAAAGGCUGGGAAGGUUUAA